GGCGCUCCUCAUCACAUAACCUGCAUGCUCAUCAGGUCGGCCGGCAGUCUGAGAGCCGUGUGCAGCUGAAGAUGCCCUCCUCUGCGUGGCUGUGGGCGGCUUCUGUGGUCGCACUGACCGGUUUCUGCGCUGCUGCAUAUGAACGAACCGAGAGGAACUGCUCUCUGACUCCACCGUAUCUCCCCAGCACAGCAGUAAAUACUUCUAUCCAGCUGCAGGAGCUGCGAGCCCAAAUGCUGCCCCUGAACGUCUCUGCCUACAUCAUUCCUGGCACUGAUGCUCACCUGAGUGAAUACAUCGCCCCACGUGACGCCAGGAUGGCCUUUAUGACUGGUUUUACAGGCUCUGCAGGCACUGCUGUUGUCACUCAGACCAAGGCGGCUCUGUGGACAGACAGCCGCUACUGGGUCCAAGCUGAGAGACAGAUGGACUGCAACUGGGAGCUGCAGAAAGAUGUUUCCAUCAUCAGUGUGGCGGAGUGGCUCAUCUCAGAGGUACCAGCAGGAGGCAACAUCGGUUUUGAUCCCUUCCUCUUCUCCCUCAAGACUCAAGAGAACUACGCCAUGAGUCUGGAGUCCAGCAAUCGAAUCCUAAAGUCCAUUCCUGUCAACCUGGUUGACCAGGUGUGGAAAGACAGACCUCAAAUCCCAGCAGAGAGUCUCACCCGUCUGCCUGAUAGGGUCAUACAAAGGACGUGGCAGGAUAAGGUGGAGCAGAUACGGAGUCUGAUGACGACAAAUCCAUACCAACCCACAGCUCUUCUGCUCUCAGCUCUGGAUGAAACAGCAUGGCUCUUUAAUUUACGUGGAAACGACAUUCCCUACAAUCCUUUCUUCUACUCCUACACACUUCUAACUUUAGAUGAGAUCUGGCUGUUCGUCCACACAAACAGAGUGACUGAGGAGCUGAAGGCCUAUCUCAGUGCGUCCUGCACCGGUUCCCUCUGCGUGCAGCUGAAAAGUUACGACUCUGUUCGUGAAAAUCUGAUGACCUACGUCGCUCAGUCUGACGUUAAAGUGUGGAUUGGUACAGAAUACACAAACUAUGCUCUUUAUGAGCUCAUAACACCUCAGGACAAACUAAUUACAUCCUCCUAUUCUCCUGUGCUGACAACUAAAGCUGUGAAAGACGAGACCGAGGAACGAAUACUGAGGGAAGCUCAUGUGAGGGAUGCGGUUGCAGUCAUCCAGUUGCUGAUGUGGCUGGAAAAGGUCGUCCCAGAAGGGAACGUGACGGAGCUGAGAGCUGCAGAAUAUGUAAAUCACUGUCGCAGCAAACAGAAGGACAACAGAGGCCCGAGCUUUGAGACGAUCUCUGCAAGCGGCCCAAACGCUGCUCUUGCCCACUACAGUCCGUCAGAAGAAACCAGCAGAAGGCUGACGGUUGAUGAGAUGUUCUUGGUUGACUCCGGCGGUCAGUAUCUAGACGGGACCACUGACAUCACCCGCACGGUUCACUGGGGGACGCCCACAGAUAUGCAGAAGGAGGCGUUCACUCGAGUUCUCAUGGGAAACAUUGAAAUAUCUCAAACUGUUUUUCCAUCAGGGACAAGCGGGGUGCGCAUAGAGAUGCUGGGCCGCCGGGCUCUGUGGGAGGUGGGCCUGAACUACGGCCACGGCACCGGUCACGGAGUGGGGAACUACUUUGGAGUUCAUGAGUGGCCGGUUGGAUUUCAGAGCAACAACAUUCCCUUUAAAGCUGGCAUGUUCACAUCUAUCGAACCUGGAUAUUACAAAGAGAAUGACUUUGGCAUUCGGAUUGAAGACAUCGCUGUGACCGUUCCGGUUCCUACGAAGUUUGGCCAUAACUUCCUGACAUUUGACACUGUCUCUCUGGUGCCAUAUGACAGAAAACUCAUCGACACUUCGCUCCUCAGUGCAAAGCAGCUGCUGUGGCUGAAUAAUUACUAUGAGAUGAUUCGUCUGCUGGUGGGCUCUGAGCUGGACGAGCAGGGGCUGCAGGAGGAGAAGGACUGGAUGCUGAGCACCCAGCCUUUCACCGAGGCUGGAUCCUCCGCCUCCAUCUGUUCCUCCUCCCUGACUCUCAUCGCUCUGGUUUUUGCUCUGCACAACAUCAUCUGAGCGUCUCCUCCCGCCGCACUCCUCAGCAGACUUGCACUCAAAAGUUACCCCUAUGCAGUCUCUACCGAGCAGCUACACCAGGUUGACAGAUGCACAAAAAAUUAUAAUUUUUUAAUUUAAAAUUGUAAGAUAUAUUUAAUAAUUUAAAAUACGUGAGCAAAUAUAGGAUUUUUUGUGUGUGUUUUUUAAUACUUAAAUGAUAUUUUGUGAUUUUCUUUUUUGAUGUUAUAGUUUGAGGUUUUGAACUGGGCAUUUGUAUGACCAACUAAUAUCAUGUAUAUUGUAAUAAAGUGUCACACUUUGAAACAA